CACAGCAGCAACAUCACGUCGGGAUGGCGACGACGCACCAGGAGGUGAAUGUAGCCGACUUGGAGCGCGCCGUCUUGUAUGCAUUCCAGUACGCAGGAGCGAGUCUCAACGAUGUCAAUGCACAGAAGGUCAAGGCGGAGGCGGAAAUGUACUGCCUUGCCGCCAAGCAAACGAGCUACCAGUUUUUCUUGCAACUCUUUCAAGCGUCGACGCACGAUCAAGUCAAGUUCUACUCGCUGCAAGCGUUGCAAGAGUACCUGACGGAGGGGUCUCCGUUCCAUGCACAGCUUACGUACAACAUGUCACUCCACAUUCGGACAGAGCUGGUGGCAUGGCUGCAGGUGCAAGACCACUUGCCGUCGUUCCUCAAGACCAAGCUUGCUGUUGUGAUUGCUUUGCUGAUUCGCCACGACUACCCCGACGCUUGGGGUUCGGCAUUCCAUGACUUACUCGCGCUCCUGCCACGUGGCCCGUUCAUGGUCGAGAUGUACUUUUGCAUUUUGAAUGCCACGUACGAAGAAAUAGUCGAGUUCGACUCGACGCGGUAUGGAGCGGAAUACGCGAGUCACAACAUGAAGAUCAAGGACGCCAUGCGAGAUGGCCCGAGCAGCUGCAUCGCGCAGUCGUUUGACGUGAUUUACAACGUGCUGACGGCGUACGACCGCAGCAACACGCACCUGUUGGCGCUGUCGUUGGCCGCGCUCGAAACCCUUCAAAAGUACAUUCAAUGGGUCGACAUUGGCCUAGUCAUGCGGUUUGUCCCGCUUCUGUACCACACGUUGCAGCACUUCGACGCGUUGCGGUGCCGAGCAGCCAACUGCAUCAACCAAGUGGUGGCGAAAGGCAUGUUGCCGGAUAAGAAGCUCGCGCUGUACACGUCGUUGGAGAUCGUACCCGUGCUGACGGCGUUGCAGCCCGUCUUGAACGAGGACGCGGACGUGUGCGAAGAGAUUGGCGAGGUUGUCAACACGAUGGGCCUGGAACUCAUCACGUGCAUCGAUUCGUUCCGCCAGACCAACGACCGCGAGCGAUACCAGCAAGCGAGCGCGAUGUUGGCGUCGCUCAUGCCGAUCACGUGGUUUCUCUUUGCGCAUGACACGACGGAUGUAUCGCAGGAAGUGUUUGAGAUUGUAAACGCGCUCACUGGCCUCUUGCGCAGCGAAAACCCUCAAGAUGCGUUCCAGCCGUCGCAGUACUUGAGCUCUUGGCUCCAUGGCAUUUACCGGCAAAUGCGGUACCCCGACGAAGAGGACCAAGUCGACGAUGCCGAGUUCGAAGACUACCGCCGCCAACUUCGCGCGAUUUAUGUCAACGUAACACGCAUGCGCCCGGACGUGAUUCUUCAAUACAUUGGGACCUUAUUGGACGAAGCCUUGCAAACGUUGAACUCGAUCGAACAUCGAGACCUGGAAGCGUGUUUGGCCCUCGUCUACUUCUUCAAGGAAGGUCUGACCGGGGCAAAAGAUCUCCAGCAGUACGAAGACCCGCAGGGGCCGUUCAUGCAGUUGGUCGUGGCCGUUCACAAAGCGUUCCUGUCGCACCCGAACCUGCCAUCGUUCCACUACCGGACGCUGUGCAUGUACUACGAACUGACGACCCGGUACAGUCCCCUCCUCCGCGUGGAUGCAAACUUGCUGCUGCGAUUGCUGGAAUGCAUCUUUGGGUCGGCUGGUGUCAGCCACCACCACCCGACCGUACGCUCCCGGUCAUGUUACUUGGUCUUGCGAUUGCUCAAGUCGCUCGGAACUGCCGUGCAUCCCCAUAUGUCGCAGCUCCUGCAGGCGUUGGAGCCGCACCUGGUUGUCCCUUGCACGCAAGAGUCGGCAGCCGCGGCCAUGGCGAAUGGCCUCACGCUGGACGAUCAAUUGUAUUUAUUUGAACUCACGGGAUUCUUGAUUGGAUCGAUGCCGACAGACCAAACGGGUCCGCUCAAGUGGCAAUACGUGGAAAUUGUCCUGACGCCGCAGCUGGCCCAGAUCGAUCAGUGUUUGCGCCAGCCGUCGUCCGUCGAGAUCAGCACCCAUCUUGCCAAUAUCCUGAACGCCAUGUGCCACGUCCUCAAAGGCUUCAAGACCCGCCAGUCGCAAGACAUCUUUACAACCACGCUGUCGGCCACGGCAAGCGUUCUGCUCGCGUACCCCACGAGCGACUCGGUUCGAAGCAAGGUCAUCGUCACACUCCAUCGUCUCGUAAUCCUACUCGAUCCGGUGGUGUUCUUGUCGCGGGCCGACGUCUUGACCAUCUUGAUGCAGUUUUGCGAAGCCAACGAUGUCGUGGAAGUCGUUCAGUUGAUGAACCAGCUCAUCAUCCAGUACAAGGCGGUGCCCGAAUUUUUUGGCGUCCUCGACCGGACCGCCAUGCCGUUUUUGCAGCACGUGGUCGAGCUCAUUGUGUCGGACCAGACCAACGCGACGGAGAAAGCUACAGCUCAAAAGUACCUGUACGCCUUCCUGAUGAACAUUGUCCAGCACCGCCUGACGGGCGUCCUCGGGUCUCCCACGAACGCAUCGUCGUUGCCGCAAGUGUUUCGCUUGAUCUUGGACGGGUUUCAUUUGGAACUGCACAUCAUCCGCGCGGUCGCAACGUUUUGCCAAAACUUGGUCGAGCACCUCUUCAAGGAGAACACGACCGUUCUGUCGGAACACCGCGACCUCGUCCGCGUGUUUGUCCUCCAAGACGUCCUUCCGCUGAUGUUUCAAGUCGUGCACACAAAAGAGUUCAACGCCCGGGACGCGCAAAGCCUCAUUGUUGUGCGAGACGUUGUCAAGCUGCAAGUUGCCAUCUAUGGCUCGUCGCUCCGCGACGACUUUCUCGGCGCUCUGCAUGCGUACUUUGCCGCGAUCAACAUGCCCACGCAGUUGGCCGAAGACUACUGCGACUCGGUCCGCAGCGAGGACGUAUCUGCGAUCGUCACCAAGUACGCUGCGUUUGUCCAGUCGUGAGGAAGUUGCGCUGGACCGCAUCGCCCACUCCGAUUUCCCUUCCCGACGCGAAUGGCCGGGAACGGUCAACAGCAUGGAGGUGGCUAUUUUAAUAUAGGCAAAUCAAUUAUUACGCUCUACGCGCAUGGAGCACGUG